AUGGCCACGAAGGCGGUACAUAUCGAGCUGGCGGAAGACUUGUCUACGCGGGCCUUCAUCGAUGUCUUCGAUAGAUUCAUAAGUUGUCGUGGAGCAUGCAGCGUCCUCUAUAGCGAUAACGGCACGCAGUUUGUCGGGGCCAGCCGCCUGAUGAAACUAAAUCUAGAGCAGUGGCUAGAUACGUACGCGCAGCAACACGUAGCCAAGGUAGGAACGCACUGGCAAUUUAUCCCACCAUCUGCAUCCCAUCACGGUGGGCUCUGGGAAGCUGCCGUUCGUUCAGCCAAGAAACAUUUAUAUCGAGUUCUAGGUAGGCAGACCUUGCGAUUUAACGAAAUAAGCACGCUUUUAGUACGUAUUGAGGCAUGCUUGAACUCCCGACCGCUCGUUGCGUUACAUGAUGAUCCCGAUGGCGGGCUAGGCAUCACACCUGGUGAUUUUUUGGUAGGCCGUCCGCUGAUUUCCCGAACAGAGCCGGUUAUACGUGACGUGCCAGACAAUCGUCUGCAAUACUGGGAGCGUAUUCAACGUAUGUACGAACACUUUUGGAAUCGCUGGCAGCACGAGUAUCUGAUGUCGUUGCAGUCACGGAGUAAAUGGACACGCUCAGAACCCAAUCUCCGCUGUGAUGAUGUUGUGCUAAUCCUCAACGAAAACUUGCCGCCUGCCCAUUGGCGCAUCGGACGUAUAGCCGCUGUCCAUCCAGGCAGUGAUGGCCUCGUUCGAGUUGUUACGGUGGAAUACCACAGCGGCCAGAAGACGUCGGAUGGACAUCUCGUCAAACACACUUGUCAGCGGCCCGUUCAGAACGUAUGCCGCCUUACUGGGCCCGAUGAAGAUAUACUGAACCACGAGGGUUCAGCCGGGCAGGAUGUAUGA